UAGCCAUGAAUGUAAUUCCCCAAUUGUUAUUAGCAACGUAAUAUAUGUAAAGUAAUCGUAUAGAAACUAAAAACUUAUCUCAAUUAAGGUUUAAAUAUGGGAGGAUUAUUUUCCAGCAGUGAAAACAAAGAGGUUCCUUCAUAUCGUGAAGUUAAAAGAUUAGAAACAGAAACAUAUCUCCGACAACGAAAUGAAACAAACGGUUAUACAUGGUCUGUAGCCAGAAGAGUCGCUGAUCGUAAUCAGAGACACUUUUUACAUGAUUAUAAUGCUACAAGAGCGCAACAGAACAGGGUAGAAGUAGCAAGACAAAGCCUCAGCCUUCGUCAAAGAAAUGAAUAUAGAACGAAUUCAAUUGAACAUUCAAAUGUCCAAAGAACAAGUUAUGAUCCGAACUAUUUUCCUGUUUGUGAAAAACUUCCAUACAGAUCUCCACCUGCAUAUAGAAUUUUGCAGAUUUCCAAUUAUGACCCUGAAUACCAUGAUGUCAAAAAAAGAUUCACUAACAGACGAAUUAUAAUAGACAGCAUUGAGAAAAUUGAGAACAAAUUCUUAGAACUUAGUUAUUCCUAUAAGAAACAACAGAAAUUGGAAUUAUUUCCUGAUUUAGAAGAACUGGAGUUAUUUCAUGGGACCAAGUGGAUACAUGCAGACAGUAUCUGUACGAAUAAUUUCAAUUGGAGGCUACAUGGUACAGGAACAGGACAGAGGUUUGGUCAAGGUGUGAGUUUUUCUUGUAAUGCAAUGUAUGCUUCAAACUAUUCAAAAGAUCAAGAUGAUAAAGUAAUGUUCAUUGCUAAAGUAUUAAUAGGAGAAACAUGUUUGGGUGACCCUUCCAUGAUACUGCCGGAAGAAGGUAGCGAUACAUCCACAAAACAGGAUGAUAACAUUGUUAUAGUAAAAUAUGAAGACAAUGAAUUUUACCCCAUUUAUAGAAUCAGAUACCACAUGAAUUCAGCAUUAGGAAAUCUGAAAAUUCGAAAUUCAGCAAAAUAUUAUGAAAUAUGAUUGGAAUAAGAGCAUUGAAGAAAUAUUGAAUUCAUCUAAGGCCCUAUGAAUUUAUUAUUUUUUAUGAUGGAAUCAUUAGAAAAAAAAUUAUUAACCUAUCUGAACGCUCUACAGGGCCCAAAUCCAUUUGAGAAUUUUUAAACACAAUUUAAAAAAAUUUUCUUCAAGUUCUUUGAAAAAAAAUAUUUAGGAAACCUAUAAAAAUCACAUUUGAAUUUGCAGUAAUAACCCAAACUGAAGAGAAUUUCCCAUUGUUGUGUUUUUUUCAAUGACAAAUACUAAAUAUUGAAUUAAUUCAUUGUUAUUGUUAAGUGAAUACUAAUGAUUUCAAAAAAUUGCAGCAGUUUGGAUAGUGUAAUGUAAAAUUUAUUUACAAAGUACAUAAAUUGAGUUUAAUUAUAUAAUCUUAACAGUAUCUACAAUAAAUAGCAAUUAACAUAUUUGAUGCAAUAUUUACCUAUACAUAUUGUGAAUUUAAAUUACUAAUAAUAAAUAGAAGUAAGAUUACGUUAAUCCUAGAAUGAAAAAAAAAAUUACAUUUAGAAGUGAUCUUCUCAGAAAAUUAGAAUUGACUAUAGAACAAAUAUAGUGUUGCAUAUAA